CACGUAAAUAACUCUGUUGCUUUGGUUACUUAAACGUUUGAGGUACGAUGAAUUUUUAUUGCUCAUUCUAAAGUGAUACAGCGAAAAUAAUGCUUUAAAUAGUGGUCAGUUGAGUGAUAUGGCUUAUUUCAUGUGAUGGCGCUGGUAGCAGUUAGUCAUAACGGUGACAAGCUCAUCAACAUCUGGUAGGCUACUUUAUAUAUUACUUGAUUUCUGGUGUGGGAAUUCAUCGCUUCUCAUCAAACAUUGAUUCAGUUGACUUGACUUAUCUAGAAAUCAGUUAAUAUCGCUCAAGCAAAACAAUAUUCGCCUGAAGUACAAUUUGAAGUAUCCCGAGUUAACCAUUAAACCAAAAAAAAAAAAAAAAGAUACGUGAUCAAGGGUGUCGGGAGUAAAGGGGCGCCACAAAAUACACAAGAAAAAACAAUCCGAGUUUCUUAAACAAAAUCCAAUAUUUAUUUCAGAGCUAAUUAUUUUAGCACACUAAAAAUUGGAGAUAUGUUCGAUACUAAAUGAUGUGCCAUUAAUGUCACUUUAGAAUGUUAGGGUCAUGCUGCACAGAUACGCCAUAAGGGAUUCAUCAUAAGAAACUAAAUAUUUUUUUUGUUGACCUUUUUGUUUUUUUUUUUUUUUAAAAAUUUAUAUUAAAAAUUAUUACCCCCCCCCCCCCCUAAAAUAACAUGUCCAUAAAAAUUGUGAAGAUUUAAAUUUAAAUCAUUUGCUAGUAUACUUUCUUUUGUAGGGGGUUGCAACACUGGCUUCAUGCUUUAUCAGUACUAAGCAUAGAUGUUAUAUGGAAAAUUAGUUCAUUGAAGGGGAUCAACGAUUUUGCUAUUAGAAAAUAUUGGAGAAAGUUCCUUUUUUUUUACAAAAUAUUUAAUGGGAGUAAAUAUGAACGUAAUAUUCUGUCUUAAGCGUCAGUAGUCUUUAGCUCUGUAAUAUUUUGAAUCGGGCACCAAAAUUGCUCGUGUGCAUAGUUCCCCAAAAUUGCUCAUAUGCAUAGGGUAUCAAAAUCGCUUAGAUGCACAGGGCACCAAAAUCCCUUAAUCCGGCACUGCUUCUAGGCCAGCACACAUUUUGAGCCCACUUUUUUUUUUUUUUUUUUUUUUUUUUUUUUUUUUUUUUUUUUUUUUUUUUUUUUUUUUUUUUUUUUUUUUUUUUUUUUUUUUUUUUUUUUUUUUUUUUUUUUUUUUUUUUUUUUUUUUUUUUUUGUUCCCUUUUUUUUUUUUUUUUUUUUUUUUAAGGUGAAUCGAUGCAGUUCUAUUUCGAGCGCUCUAUCAUUCUGUUAAGUCUGGUGUGAGUGGAGAGUAUUUGCUCGGUGCCAAACUCGCAAACUCAAAUCAAUUAAUACCAUUCGUCAGGGAUUAAUAAUACUAAAAUUUAUUAAAGUGUUGAAUAUCGGCACACCAAAGUGCAAUACUUGUCUGUAACACGAAUUUCGGCAUUUUUAAAGUCCCUAAUUUUAUUUUCUUUUGUUUAACUGCCAUGUUUACAAUACACUGCCUUAUUUACUUGUCGAUUUUCAUACUCUCGAAAUUGCAUUUAAAAAAUUGCGUUAAAAAUGUACAGUUUAAUGUGCGCAAUUUUUGGUGUGGUAAAAUAGUAGAUGGUCACAAUUGUCUGCCUAUAUUCACAAUUGUCUAUGUUCACAAUUGUCUGUGUGCCCAUUUUCGAUGCAGCAUUAGACUCAUUAGUCGGUGUGCGUGAAUUUUUUGAGUGUGUAAUUGUCUGUACUCGUAUUUUUGCAGUCAUGACUAUGUUAACGUGUGCGCAUUUGUCAUGUGCGCAUUUUUUUUUAAAAUUAUUUCUCACUUGUCAUGUGGGCACUUGUCAUGUGCGCAUGUGAGUGACUAGUCACCGGGAAUACUUGAAGCAAUGUUCUUAAUAAUCAUUAACACCGGUACCACAUAAUAUCGGGUAAACCCGUUUCACGGCCAUCAAACAUAUUAAAGAAUAAGAUGCAUUCAAGGUCAUUAAAAACUGGAAAAAUCUAAAUUCUUGAGAAGUAAUAUCGGGUAAAUCCGUUUGACGUUGCGAGAAAAAGAUAGAGAGAAGGUGGAGGGAAGUAACAACAUUAUCGAGGAGAAUAACCUUAAAAAAAAAAAAAAGAGGUAACUGCGCAUGAUAUAAAUAGGGGCCGGCGGUUCUUCUAAAAAUCUAAAUUCUUGAGAAGUAAUAUCGGGUAAAUCCGUUUGACGUGGCGAGAAAAAGAAAGAGAGAAGGUGGAGGGAAGUAAAAACAUUAUCGAGGAGAAUAACCUUUAAAAAAAAAAAAAAAGAGGUAACUGCGCAUGAUAUAAAUAGGGGCCGGCGGUUCUUCUCCGCAGUAGAUAAUCUUAUAUAAUUUGAGAUCGAGUGAGGUUCAUGUUCUUAUGAAAGUUUAUUGAUACUCCGCCACCAAUUUCAGGUAGACUUCCUUUUAACAUAAAUUAUAUAUAUCUGUAUUAUAUAGUAUCUGUUUAGCACAAGUGCAGUCUAAACAUAUUUAGCACUUUCGAUUUCAAUACUUUUUUUUUUUUAAACGUUAAUUUUAUUUGUAUUAUAAUUGUUAAGUAUUAUUAUGUUAUUUUAACAUCUAUUUUAAGAGUGACACCAGAGAGGCAGGCGACGCUACUCGUUUGGCUGGAGGAGGUUCUUGCAACGUUCUCAUCACACUCGUUUUCUACUUUCAAUCUUGUUGUUAAAUUCUCAUUUUUAACUUGGUAAACUCUGUGUCCUAAGAUAAGCAACGCUAUUGUUGACUAUACAGUUUUAAUCGUUGUAUUGAUUUCACGAUUAAUGUCACAAUCCUCGGCGUCGAGUAUCCUUGACUUGACGCAAAAUUGGUCUUAAAUUAUUAUUUUUUUCUUUCUUUUUUCUUUUUUUUUUUUUUUUUUUUUUUUUUUUUUUUUUUUUUUUUUGUUUUUUUUUUUUUUUUUUUUUUUUUUUUUUUUUUUUUUUUUUUUUUUUUUUUUUUUUUUUUUUGUUGAGUAAUGUUGCAAUCCUAAUGUAACGGAUGUCAAAAAACGUCCACUGUCACCCAUAUUCCCCGUGUGUUCUGUAUCUUGUGUAGAAGUUGUCAUAAUCAGGUCAACACAUUCAGGUACAAACUGGUGGUGUAGGACUUAGAACUGUAUUAUUUGAUUUUUUUUCCUUAACACCAGCAAACUGUUAGCUUUAAGUCAAAAUCUUUUAUUAUUUUUUUCAAACUAAGUCAGAAGAAAGGCGUUAUUCUUCACGCGCAAGUCUAAGAAAUGCAUGGCCAGGUUUAUAAUAACAAAGCUGACCUCAAUGUUCUGUUAUUCUUCCAUCAUGGAGGUAAUGCUAUGGCCCAGAACCGUCCAUUCCCGCAGCACUCCCACUUCACCCAACAUUUUCACUAGGAAACUGAAGAUCUAAUGUUUCCAAGGGGGAGACUCGGGCCUCGAUCAAUGCGAUGGAUUAGGUUAAACAAAAAGUGUGUGUUGGGGGUGAGACAAAGUCGUAUUCGUAAGCAAUGUUCCCUUUAAGCUGCGCGGCCGCGCAGCAAUCUCACAGACGCCGCGCAGCAGUUUUGAGUACCGCGCAGCUAAUUUCCACUUAAGUGUGUUUGUGUCUGUAGGCUGUAAAAUUUUGCGCAUAAAAAAAUUGAAGCUGUAAAAAUGUGCACACAACUUGAUGAUUUUGCACACGAACAAACAAACCUUAGAGGGAGCAUUGUUCGUAAGUCGAGCUCAAUUAUCUGUAUGUCACAUCACAUCGCAUUUCACCCAGUGGCGUAGGCGGGAGGGGGGAGGGGGUUGGUGGUCCACUCCAGGCGGCAUUGUUAUAUUCGAUUCCGGAAAUUUGAUCGAAAGAAAUUUCAUCGACGGAAAAUUGAUCGACGGAAAUUUGGUCGAAUCGUUUGUUUUUUUCCGUUCACACGUUAAAAUUUUGCUUAAAGUUUAUUUUUGGACGCAUUAUUGUGUUUUACUAUAUAGUACCGUGCGUUCAACAAGAAAUUUGAAGAAAAUUUUAACGUGUGAACUGAAAAAAAGAUUCGACCAUAUUUCCAUUCGAUCAAAUUUCCGUCGAUCAAUUUUUCAGUCGACGAAAUUUCUUUCGAUCAAAUUUCCGUUAAUCGUUAUAUUAAGAAGGUGUAUAUUGAGGGGGUGGCAUAUUCCGACAGCUGCAAAGUUGUUUUUAUUUCUAUUUUUUCAUUUGAAAGAGGUGGGGGGGGGGUGGCCGGGGGUCAAAAAAGUUGGCACGCAUCCGGUGGCAAAAACCUAACAAUGCCACUGAUUUCAGCAUACUGUAAAAUCGCAUUAGCUGGUUGCGGGCGCACUGCAAGUGUUAAAUUACACAAAUACGAGCGAUAGGUUAAAAAAUAAGUUUAUAAAAAAAAAUGCGUGUAUAUUAUAUUAUAGAUAUAGAUAUUAUAUUUAUAUCUCCACGUAUAUCGGAUUUUUCCAGACGUAAUUUUUUUACGUGUCGUUAUAUAUAAGUAAAAACAUUGCUGACUCAGCAAUUGCUGAAAUUUUGCUGUAAUGUGCCACCAUGUUGUUUUGUAAGUUAUUGUGUUUUGUUCAUUUAACUGUUUAAAUAAUGUUACAUAAAAAAAAAACAGCAGCUGAUUUUUAAGUACUCUUGUGUUGUUAAGCAUGUUUAUGAAUAAACUUUUUGUUUUCUAAAAAUUAGAUUUACGUCAUGCUUUCUGUCCAAACAUCUUCCACAUAAAAUUCAAGAGCAGUGAUUUUUAAACUGUUUUAACGGGAACGUCGUUUCCUACCCACUCAAUAAUUUCCCUAGGCACUUAUCGUUCUAGCGGAGAAUGGGGCCCUUUUUAAAAUGAUAUAUUCAGGACUACACUAAAUGCUAUUUAAUUAAUACUAGGACCAUGGGCGCCCGCAGAAAACUUUCUAGGGGGGAGGGGGGGGUAAAAAAUCGAUUAACUUUCCAGGGGGGGGGGGGCAUAAAAUUGAUAGUAAUGUUUUAAUAUAGUUUUAAUUUACUGUAGCUUAUUUGUAUGGUUAUACAAAUUUUGUCUAACAAUUUUUUUUCCAAUCCAUCCCCCUGCCCCCCCCCCCCCUGCGGGCGCCCAUGACUAGAACCCCUUUAUAUCCUCCCCUAUCCUCAAUAUCUGAUCCCACUCUUUUAACAUUUCCCCCCCUUACCUGUACACACCUGUUUACUCUCAAGCUCAUAAAAUCGUACAAUAUUAUCACAAAAUCGUUCAAUACCUUAUAUUUAUAGAAAAAAAUAAACAUGCAGUAUACAUGCUAACACCUCAAAAUGGUACAUUGUACGCCAAAAUCGUAAGAGUAAACAGGUCUGCUGCAUGUUUUUAGAUUUCUGUGUGUGGGUGUAUGUGUGUGCAGGUGUGUUUGCGUAUGUGUAUGCGUGGGUGAGUGUGUGCGACUGUGAUUUUCUUUUAGCGACGUUUAGUUAGUCUACAAAAAAUUAAUCAUCUUAGAAAAAAAAAAAUCGGACAGAAUAUUCCAACUUGCCAUUUUGUGUACUUAGUUCCUCGAUAUCGUAAGCCUCGUAUUUCUAAACUACUUCUCCGUUUUUAUCCAGACUUUUUAUUAGAACGUUUCUCGGUAACUCGACGACACUUAAACAAAUUCAUUAGAUUAUGAAAAUCGUGUUGAUCCGUUUGUAUCUCCAUGUUUGUAAAAGUAGAUCGAUUGCUCUAAAACACUAAUGGUGUCAUUGGUUCAAUCGCUUGAUUGGGUUUAUAAAUCGCGGAGAGUUUUUGCAUGACUGGACAUUUAAAUUUUUUUAAUUUUUUGUUAGUUUUAAUGUAUUUAUAUAUAUAUAUAUUUUUUUUAAAUUGUAAUGAAUCUUUGUAUGUCAAAACGUACCUUCUUUAUUUUAUUUUUUUUAAAGUUAUUUAUUCAUUUAUUUUAGCCAAAAUAUAUUAUGUUCAAAAUAAGGCAAUGCAAAGCUUGGAUUGUAUCCAGUUUAGUUAUUAUAACAGAAUUUUAUAUACUUUUUUUAAAGUGGAUUUAUUAUGAUAAACUUGAUUUUUUUUUUUAAAUAAGUUUAGUUUACGCCACGCGUAAAUUUUAUCCUAAUGUUGUUUAUUUUAUUUGAUGCGUAAUUCGGUUCCAAAAAUAAAUCGGCUGUUGGUCUAAAUGGAGUCACCGUUGGCAGAUUUUGAGCAUAUCUGAGCCAAUCCAUUGAUGCUACAUCUACUGGCUUAGAUAUAUAUAUAUAUAUAUAUAUAUAUAUAUAUAUAUAUAUAUAUAUAUAUAUAUAUAUAAUAUGCAAAACUUUGAUGAAAAUUUUAAUGAAGUCAAUAAUUUUAUAAUUUCUUUUUAAAAGCCAUACUGUUGGGUAAAGUCAUGAUUUUGUCGAAGCUGCCAUGUUUGAAAAGUUCAGAUGUUAUUUCAGAUGUUACGAUUCUGAUAAAUCUAUGAUGUUUGUAAAUCUAUGAUGUUUGUAAAAUCUAUGAUGUUUCUGAAGUUACGAUGUUGUCGACGCAUCAGAUAUUCGUUACUUCUUGUCAACGCUUUGACGCGCUCAUCAAUGGGAUGACUUAACACUAGAGAAAGUACGUCUGACUUCAAGAUGACGUAACUUCAAUCUUUAACGGGGAGUUCUAUCUUGAACAAGUCAACUAAAUAAAUGAAUUUGUAUGGUUUUUUUUGUAUGUUAGGAGGAGAUGGAGUGAAUUCAUCUUGUAAUACGGAAUCCCAGAUAGGAUCGUUUCUCAGAAUGGAAAUCUUUCAUUAUGAUCUGAGCUCAAAGAACGAUACGGUUUGUCCCAAUCACAAGAAUAUUUUUCUUGAAAAUAGGAUGACUUACUGAUUUUUUUUUUAAAUUCUGGUUCUACACACAAUACCUUUCAAGUAUACAGUGGAAUUAUUUUUUGUAAAUGUGUCGCGUGAGAAGCUUAUUACUAAAAACCAAGAUCUCUACAGCUUUCGUAAUGGAUUAAAAGGGUUUAAAUGAUUUAGAAGUGAUUAUGUUUAAUCGAUGACAAUUUAAGAAGUCCAUCAUCUUAGAGGCAAAGAUUUCUAUUUUUUUUUAAAUUGAUAAAGCCCUAACUACUUUGUUAACCUUAAUGUCGGCUAAGUGCGUGGUCGUAUCGUGGAGUUGUCAGCAAUGUUGUUAUUUAUGUGUCGUCCCCAAUAAAUGUGGUGAGACAUCCUGCCACUCCUUCCCCCACCUCUCUUGGUUUGGUAACGUUUGUUUACACGAUACCAGGGGGCUUUCUCUGACGGUUGGGCUUCUGGACUGAUUUACUGAUAAGACGGUCGACUGUGACCGACCGAUUUGCGAGUGACGUAAGAGAGAGAGAUAUAAGAGAUAUGUGCAGACUAACACGUUUUUUACCAUGUGUGUGUGUAUGUGUGGAUUAAUAUUUUUUGUACUUUUCUCUUAUUAUUUGUAUUGACGUGCUGUAAGUUGAUUGAGUUUUUUUUAUCUCUAUUUACCUUUGUAUUUUGAUAUCAGAAUUGUAAGUAUAAAUAAAUUGUCACUUGUUGGUAGCACUGGGCUUUGGUAUCGUUUUUCUUUGUAACCUGGUUUUCAAGUCCCUUUGUUACGUUAUUGUUCUUCUCAAGAGCCGAAUUUUAAAACAACAGAUGAACUUUGUUCAACCGUAUAACGUUAAAUGACACGAUCAAAACCACAGAAAUAUGUUUUCCAAGACUUCCCAAAGGCCACAUAAUAAAGCUGUCACUUGACAGAGGAAUUACUGUAAAUAUUUGGAAUAAAAUCUUUUGGGAAAGGGGAGGGUGGGGGUAAUAUAUUUAUGAUUAUCUACCAGAUUAUUGUUGUUAAUAAAUCUGAAUGUAAAUUUUAAAUUAUAUUUAAUGAUUAUUUAUUUAUUUAUAAAAUUUAAAACAUUAUCACUGUAAUUAGGUAUACAAAUAAUGGAUUUCAAGAAAAUUAUUUUAUCUCUGUUUUAUCAGUGAUGGUCUAGGUAAGGGGUUCUCGGAGUCUUUAGGGUCACCGCCUCCUUUCUUUCAUCAAUUUAUUAUUAAUUCUACCCAUUAAAAAAGCAUGAUUUGGUCAUUUCGGUCAAUAACAUAUUAGCACGCCAUGUUGGUGUAGAUAUACACACAUAACAAUAAGUAUACAAUUUGCGAGUCAACUAGUUCAAUAACUAAUGGGCUUGGUGAUUUCUUUUUUUCAACGUCAGAAAAGAAUGAAAUCACUUUGCAAUCUUAAAUUACUAUUCUCAGGAAUCUAAAGUCUAUUUCUUUCACGAUUCACAAAUUAUCGACUUGAGUAUGCAGCAGUUGUAAUCAGUAUAGAUUACCGACAUGAAAUUUCCAUCUGUACCGAAAUCAUAUCUUAAGGUUUCUUAAACGUUGGCUCAACAACAAAAUUUUGGUUGAAUUUGUUCAUCUUCCUGCGUCAGAAUCUGUAACAGUUACUCGAUUUUUGUAUCAUCCAAUCUCGAAUUUCUUACAAAAGAAGAUCUGCAAAUCGUUCAGAUCCAUCACAGAUCCAUCAAAGAUGCACCAGUUUCUCACAACAUAUGAGAGUUAAUAUCUCGACUCUGGAAUACAAACACUAUCUGUAGUCAUCCCCCUUUUAUAAUUGUCUCUAGCUGACUAGCAAAACCAUAACAAAAAAAAAUUUAAAAACACACAAAAAUUCCGACCAUUCUUUCCUAACAUUGCUUCUAUACUCUGAACACCCUACGAAUAAUUUCCCUAGUCUGCCCCCCCCACACACUCCCCGCCCCAUAAAACAGAAGCAAUGCAUUUUAAAUGGAAACGCAGGCGGAUUGAAUUGCAGAGAGAACUGUAGAACUUAGGAGAUAAGAUAAGAUAAGAUUCUUUUAUUGAUCCAUAUAAAUGGAAAUGUUUUUUAUUGCAUUGUACAUUUUCAGCACAAAAAUAAAACAAUUUGAGCACAAGACAUUUAUAAUAAAUUAUUUCAAACAGCCAUUCAGUGAGUUCUCUUAGCAAAAUCGGGGACAUAUUAGUUCUCAUUCAGAUGUCUGACUUCAGAGGAAGUCUUGUGACUUAUAAAAUAAUAGGAAAAUAUUAUGAAUAAAUUUUUUUUUAAACUUUUAAAUAAAUUGUAACAUAAUGGUAAUUCCCCCCCCCUUUUUUUUUUUUGUUACAAUAAUCUUUCCUCGAACUCCCUGAAAUGACACCUCGCGAUUUAAAAAAAAUAAAUUUUUUUUUAAAAUUUUAAAUAAAUUGUAACAUAAUGGUAAUUCCCCCCCCCCUUUUUUUUUCUUGUUACAAUAAUCUUUCCUCGAACUCCCUGAAAUGCCACCUCGCGAUUUAAAAAAAAAAAAAAAUUAAGAUCAGUGCCUUGUGAAAAAUAAAAAUGUAGGAUUCUUCCCUUAUAUUUUUGUCUUAAGUAAUUUUAUAAAGCAUUAUCUUCUGUUAACAGAGAAUAAACUGAAUAUUGAUAAUUUAAAGAAGUAGGUAUGGAGUAUACGGCCUAAGCAUAACGAGGUGUAUUUAUUUAUUUUUUUAAAUUAAAUAAUUCCCGCUUUCAAUUUUGUGAUUGACCUGAAGUUUAGUCUUGAAUUAUAGCUAUGUGUAACAAAAUAUGAUUCGACGGUGCACUGUGACAUCGUUGAUUAAAUAUCAACGUAAAAAAUAAGCAGAUUGUUCACUGAAAGUAAUAGCUUUAGUAUUUUGAGCUUGGGUAAAGUUCCUAUAAUUCCUAUUAAAAGAACCCCAAAAAUUAUUAGUUCAUUCUGAAGUUGUAAUUUUAACUGAAUAAAAAUACUGGCAACAGAAGUAAUGGUAUCUAACGUGGUUUAUUACAUCGGAAAAAUAUUGGGAAUUUAACACAACGCCAUUCUCCAUUAUAAAAUACCACCAGUUUUGUCACAACUUUGAUCAAAUUUGAAGGGAUGCAAUCAGUGGCGUACCUUUGGUUAAGCUGCUCUCCCCUUCCACGAAAAAAAAAACUCUCCAUAUAUAGAAAUAAGUGCUGCCCCGGGGCGGACUGCCCCCCUCCUCACUAUCUUACUUCGCCCCUGGAGAUCAUUCACGCCAUUUGAAAACAUAAUAAGUGUUGAUUGGCUAGUCCCAAAGAAUUACCAAAAUAAAAGAGUUAGCAAAAUAUUCCUUAUAGGCUUGAUUGUUGGCCAUGGGGGAAAUACCAAUGUAUACAUAUUAAUUUUUAACGUUUUAAUGAAAGUAUUGCUUGAUUUUAAUUUCAAGAAGAGUUAAUGCGAAACAUCUUCUUAAUGUGUUCCCUGCUUUGUACGUACAGUUCAUUCGUCAAUUCUUAUCACAUUGAAAAGUACCACGAAUUGUAGGUGCUUACACCAUUUUCAGAUAUGUAAUUUUUUCUGUCAUUUGACCUUACCAAAUGAAUGGCCCACAGAGCUUAAACUGAAUGGUUCCUAACAUGAUCAUGCAUACCAAGUGGUGACUAAAGCCUUAACAUGGAAAAUAAAUAAUAAACCUAAAGCUUUUCGUUAAGAGAAAAUAUUCUUUCUGUAUUUGUUAAGAUUAGUUUUGGGGAAUUAAUCUCUUAACUUGGCUUCACUAUUGUUAAAGUCACUCAGUUUAAGGGAAGACAGUAUUUCAUGAAUCCAACUUAUUUGAAAGCUUUACUCACCAAUUAGACCAAGAUUUGUUCCUCAUUUGAGAUCCGCAUAGAGCUGAAGUAAGAUUAAUCUCAGCUCUAAUCUCGCAUAUUUUUGUCAUCAGUCCUUCUCGAUGGUGUGGUCUGAGAGGGUUUUUAUAUGGAGAUGAGCUGUUUCCAAGUCAGCAGAUCCCUCAUAUCCACACAACGGUUGAACACAAAGGAGCAUCAAAUAUAUCGAUUUAACUUGGAAAUUUUUGCCACGAACUUUACUGCCGCAAAGCAACGAAGGUUUGCAGUAGAAGUAGCUCCUUCUCUUUGAUGAGGCCACCAAUCCUAAAUUUGAAGUAGUUAUUUCUCUUUGAUAAUGCAAAAAACUCCGAGAGUUGAAGUACGGUAGCUCCUUCUCUUUGAUGAGGCCACCUAUCCGAAAUUUGAAGUAGUUCCUUCUCUUUGGUGAGACCAUCAAUACGAGAGUUGAAGUAGUCCUUCUAUUUGAUGGGGAUAUCAAUCCGAAAUUUGAAGUAGUUCAUUCUCUUUGAUAAGGCCAUCAAUCCGAGAGUCGAAGAAGUUCCUUGUCUUUGAUGAGGCCAACACCCCGAGUGUCAAAGUACUUAAUCUCCUUGAUGAGGUCAACACCCCGAGUGUCAAAGUACUUAAUCUCCUUGAUGAGGCCAACACCCCGAGUGUCAAAGUACUUAAUUCUCCUUGAUGAGGCCAACACCCUGAGUGUCAAAGUACUUAAUUCUCCUGGAUGAGGCCAACACCCGAGUGUCAAAGUACUUAAUUCUCCUUGAUGAGGCCAACACCCCGAGUGUCAAAGUACUUAAUUCUCCUUGAUUAGGCCACCACCCCGAGUGUCAAAGUACUUAAUUUGUUAACGACUCUCUUUUGUCCCAUAUUUUUGUUUCAAGUUUCGUUUUUGCUUUGUUGAUCUUGGUACUGGCUUAGGGUUUCAAUUACACUCUUAAAUAUCAAUCGAUCUCUCUUGACCACACAACCAGCCAUUUGAAUAUACUUUUAAAAAUAACAUCAAUAUACAUACGUUCAUAUAUACAUAACCAACAUGAAGUUCAAAAAAACUUGGGAAAAUAUAAUAUAAUAUGUUGCAAAUGCUAAAUCUUUACAUGCUCAUAUUUGUGCAAAGUAUGCAUGUGUGUAAUGUUUUAAUUUUUUUUUUUUAAAUUUCAGAUUUCUUUUUACAGAUCAUAAAGAGAUUUUUUUUUAAUACACUAAUACAAUUUCGAAAUGGGAGGCAAUCAAUGUUACAAACACGCACUAUUUUUUGCAACUAUUUUAUCAUUCUCCGUCUUGAUCUUCUUUAUUAACAACGAUUUAAAAACAACUUCAAACGUUUCUACGCUGAUCCUUAGAAACAUAUUACAUGUUGGAAAGCAAUUAAAUUUCCUGGUAUGGACGCUGCCCUGCAUUUUCAUAAACGUUUCUGUUUUAUUGCCGUGGGGACACUCGCAUUCAGUGAAAGAACUAAGAACAAAGUCACGUGGUCGGGACAUUCGUACAGAGUUGCGCGGCAAAAAAAGUGUAUCCAAAGAGUAUCGGGAAAAUUUAAAGAAUGACCGGAAACCAAUGGUUUUCAAAGAGAGAAAAUAUAACAGGCACGUUUUUGGUCUCAAUGAUCCAAGGAAAUCUAACGUUGAGGAAACUUUCGGAACACCCAUAACCAACAAAAGAAUGACUGAUGAAUGUCAAUACACUAAAUAUUAUUACCAUAAUACAAAUAUGGCUGGAAAAGUUUCUGUUGGAGAUUUGUCGUUUAAAAACUUUGGACUUUCCAGUGGGACAUCAAAGUUUGGACUUUCCAGUGGGACAUCAAAGUUUGGAGUUUCCAGUUGGAUAUCAAAGUUUGGAGUUUCCAGUUGGAUAUCAAAGUUUGGAGUUUCCAGUUGGAUAUCAAAGUUUGGACUUUCCAGUUGGAUAUCAAAGUUUGGACUUUCCAGUGGGACAUCAAAGUUUGGAGUUUCCAGUUGGAUAUCAAAGUUUGUAGUUGCAAAAACAAUUGGUGAAAUUAAACUAGCCCAUUGUUUCGCUUCAUUGGUUUUAUUUAUUACGUUACUCUCCUUGAACACUAUUGGUUGUUGGAACAUUACGAUAACAACGACUUCUGGACCUGUUGGCUUCAAGAAACUUCUAACAGUUAGCGUCUCUUCUUUAUUUCAUCGUAGUUCAAAUGGCCUGUAUACACUGUUUACUUUACUUAUUUCUAGAAAUGUAAACUCCAACAGCCAUAAUACUAUUCCUGUGCCAAAAGAAAUCCCUGUCAUUGCAAAACAUUGGAAAUUAAGAAAAAUAAACGGAAAAAACAACUAUGAGUGGUUGCAUUCGCCUAAUCGGCCAAUCUAUGAGCAUCUGAACAACGUCAUUGCGUACCCAGUCUCUCAAUUUUACCGACUCGCCUCGUUCCGACCUCUGGCAUACACCGAGAUGCCUCAUUCUAUGUUCUUCAUCAACUUAUCGAGUGCCGGGUUCCACUACCCGGGGACUGGUACGUCCGUUGUAUGUUCGGGAUGCAGAAACGUGGUAGACCUUGCACUUGUGAAGUCUGACCCCUCUGAGCUCAAGUACCACAAGGAAGGAUGUAGUUUUGCGACAUCGCGGGGGGAACUCAGAAUGUACACUGAAAGUAAUAACCAAACCCCGAGGAUAGCGUCACACGAAGUCCAGAACGAGGCUGUAGAAUCGACAUCUAAUGAUGCACGAGUUGGGGAGGUCUCAACCGGAGGACAUGUCAACGGCGACACCGAUGAUGGCAUUGACAUGAUGCCACCUGAUAUGUCAGCACAGCCGUUGGUCAUCGUGUCCCAACACGACAACGAACUCCAAAACGAGAGAGUGGGUGAAACUUUUCGCCACGUAACAGAUCUCAUCGAAUCGCCACAUCCGGGACAGUUGGGUAAUUGUUUUUCGUUACAUCGCAUUCGUAUAUAUAUUUUGUAGAGCACACAGUUUAAAUAAGUCUUUAUCAGACAGUGUAAUCUUUAACAUUAUUUCAAAUAAUAGUUAUUUGUGUGAUGUCAUGUUUUAACGUGUAAUUAUAUUUUAUUGAAAUUUCCCACUUUUUAAUUCCCAGAAUAAACUCACACCACACGUCCACCCCGACACAAAGAGUUGCUUUUUUAUUUUUAAUUAACAAACAAUUCAUCUCAACUCUGAAGUAUUCUUGCAUACAAGUUAAUCUCAAUAUAGCUAUUUUAAUAAUGCAACAUUUAAACAUCACUAGCGCAAAGUGACGACAUGGGAUGUGAGCCGAGUCAGUCCUCGUCACCAAUUUCCAGCGCCGAGUCUGUGUGCACACCCACAAGCAUUUCAGCACUACCUGGCAGAGGUGGCCUUUACACAAACAAUUCAGAGAUCCAUAUAACAGACGCGGAGACGCCCUACUGUGAGUUACACGAAUUUAAGCAUACACUGUAUAGUGAUCUUUCACAACCCAUCGUGUCCCUUCCCCUCUUCUCCCCCCCCCCCAGCCCCGCCUAUAUUACUUCCCUUACCUUACCUCAAACAAUUCAGAGAUCCAUAUAACAGACGCGGAGACGCCCUACUGUGAGUUACACGAAUUUAAGCAUACACUGUAUAGUGAUCUUUCACAACCCCUCGUGUCCCUUCCCCUCUUCUCCCCCCCCCCAGCCCCGCCUAUAUUACUUCCCUUACCUUACCUACUCAGUGUUGACUACCUUCCUCUUGCUAUUCUACGGGAUACUACAUUUAAGUAAAGUUUUUAUGUUUAUAUUUUAUGUUCUUUGUUUGUGCCUCUCACUGACGAAGGCUUCUUGCCAACACCUUUAUUGUUUAGUUGCGUCAUUUUUUUUUUUUCAGGCUUUCCCCCUGGCUUGUAGUAUUUAUUUAUUUUUACUAACCUGAUUUGAGUCCUCCAUACCCCCCCAUCCCCCAAACCAAACCUUAUUAUACUUAAUGGUAUUUUAAUGAGCUACCAUCAUACGUGAAAAAAAGAACGACGAUUGGAUGUUUAUGGACAGAAAGUUGACCUAUGAACCUUGAAUUUUCAGGAUGUUUACCCGAAGAGUUUUGUUUUGUUUUUAAAUUCAUCUAACGGACAUUUGCCAGACAGUCUUAGUGACCACAGUAGAUUUGACGCGAAUGCAUUACGACCUUAAAGGCUUUAAGGGUGUUGAAUUUAUUAAAUUGGACACAAUACAACAACAAAAAAAUGCAAAUGUAACCUCGGAUAUUUUAUUAAAUAAGUCUUCGUUUGCUUCCUUACAAUAACAUGUAGAGUUUAGUCGCUUUUCAUUCCAUUAUUAUUUGAAUUGAGUGAUGCAUGUUUGUCAUGCUUGGCUGAUGUUUGUUUGUCAUGUUUCGGUGAUGUUUGUUUGCCAUGUUUGAGUGAUGUUUGUUUGUCAUGUUUCGGUGAUGUUUGUUUGUCAUGUUUGAGUGAUGUUUGUUUGUCAUGGUUGAGUGAUGUUUGUUUGUCAUGUUUGAGUGGUGUUUGUUUGUCAUGUUUGAGUGGUGUUUUAUUUGUCAUGUUUGAGUGGUGUUUGUUUGUCAUGGUUGAGAGAUUUUUGUUUGUCAUGGUUGAGUGAUGUUUGUUUGUCAUGGUUGAGUGGUCUUUGUUUGUCAUAUUUGAGUGGUCUUUGUUUGUCAUAUUUGAGUGAUGUUUGUAUGUCAUGGUUGAGUGAUGUUUGUUUGUCAUGUUUGAGUGAUGUUUGUUUGUCAUGUUUGAGUGGUGUUUGUUUGUCAUGUUUGAGUCAUGUUUGUUUGUCAUGGUUGAGUGAUGUUUGUUUGUCAUGUUUCGGUGAUGUUUGUUUGUCAUGUUUGAGUGAUGUUUGUUUGUCAUGGUUGAGUGAUGUUUGUUUUUCAUGUUUGAGUGGUGUUUGUUUGUCAUGUUUGAGUGGUGUUUUAUUUGUCAUGUUUGAGUGUUGUUUGUGUGUCAUGUCUGAGUGUUGUUUGUCAUGGUUGAGUGGUGUUUGUUUGUCAUGUUUGAGUGGUGUUUUAUUUGUCAUGGUUGAGUGGUGUUUGUUUGUCAUGGUUGAGAGAUUUUUGUUUGUCAUGGUUGAGAGAUUUUUGUUUGUUCAGUCUGGAUUUCUUGGGAAAUUAACUAAAAAUUUAAAUGUAGAUACUUGUAUGAGUUAAAAACCAUAAGCACUAGAUAAAUAUAGAAAGAAGGAAAAAUGUAUAAAGAUGUCUGGAAAUAGAGUUGAAUUUAAAUAAAAUAUAUUUAAAUUUUAAUUUGGUUCGAAAGGGUUGGAGCAAAAGUAAUCACAACUUUUUUUCUUUUUUUUUUGGGGUGGUGGGGUAACUUUUCGACCAUUAGAUAUUAUAUGUGUUUUUGUGUGCAAGCAAGACAUUGAUUUUGCCAGAAAUAUUCUCUGUUUCAAUUCUCACUUGACAAAGUUUUAUUUAAUUGAUAUUAUGUUUUUAAAAUUUGCUUUCAUUAAAUUGCUGCUUACAUUAUGAAAUUUACCCCUUAAUUAACAGCAUGGCCAUUAUCAGCUUCACCCAUGAACACCGCGGCUAUUAUCAGCUUCACCCAUGAACACCGCGGCUAUUAUCAGCUUUACCCCUGAAGAGCACUUUUUAUUUGCUUUGUUUAUUAUGCAUGCCUUUUGUAGGUGACAUGGAAGCGUUCAAGCCUGAAAACCCUACCUUUUUGGACAACCAAGUUCAAAGAAAUAGAUCAACAGUUAGAUGUGAGAAAAACCCAGGACACCUUAGUAGCUUCCCUUUAUCCCUCCUCCGACUGGAUCAUCUCCCUUCAAAACUUAGAUACAAACUUGUGACGGAAUUUCUGGGAGAGUGCGUGAAACUUACAGUUCAAAUUACUGUUUCAAAAAAGAGCUCCAAACGACCUUCUGGCGACAAUACAAAUCUCGCUGAAGUCAAACCUUUUAGAAGCGGUACCGGAAGUGUCUUGCGCCAUCCCUACGAGAUUGGAAUAAGCGAAAGUAACCCUGAGCAUGCCGACCCAUCAGGCACCAUAACGCGUCUCAGACAUCCGGAGUUCAAGGCGAAAAAUCUGAAGCGGAUUUUCAUCGAGACGAGCCGAAAUUUAAUUUUUAAUAAUGAGGAUGCUAAAAACAGCACUGUGCAGUUCUUGUUUGAUACCACCAAGUCUUUACACGGAGCGCACGUCACCGGAAAGUCGGUCAUUCACAGCACUCAACUGGGAGAUUGCAAGUCUGUGCUUGUGUGUGAAGUUCCCGAGGAGAUUGUUGCGAUGUUGAACAGGAGGAGGGACGCUGCGUUCAAGUUAGCCGAACGACUGCCUGAAAGCGUCAAAGAAGCCAUGACUCAGCACGUUUUCAUCAUCAGUUACCCACACGGAGGGGAACCGGAGAUCUCUCAUGGUGAUUCCACAUUAAUCAAGUACAUCAUCGACAUCGCUGACAGGGGAGGCAGGCUGAUUGGGGUACUAGAGAAGAUCAACGGCUGGCAUCCAGGUAAUUAAUCAAUCUCAUUUUGAUUCACACAUUUCCAUGGGGAUGAAAAAAAAAAAAAGAAGCUGGUUCUUUAGAUCGCAGUGGAUUCCGCUUAAUUGAAUGACGGCUUAAUGGUGACAGGCAACGAGGUGGUCUUAGGCUGAUUGGGGUACUAGAGAAGACCAACGGCUGGAACCCAGGAAAUAAAUCAAUCUCAUUUUGAUUCACACAUUCCCAUGGGGAUGAAAAAAAAAAAAAAAAAGAAGCUGGUUCUUUAGAUCGCAGUGGAUUCCGCUUAAUUGAAUGACGGCUUAAUGGUGACAGGCAACGAGGUGGUCUAAACUAUGGCCCAGGGUAUACUGAGCAGUUUUCUAAACAGAAUGCACUGUAGUACUUUAUAGAAAUGUGUCAUCCAUUUCAAGAGCUAUAGUUUUUUUUUUUCUUUUCCUUUUUAUAUAGAAUGUACUGUUUCACUCGCACAGUUUCAAAAGGAAAUGGUUGAGCAAGAUUUGUACUGUCUUGUCAUUUCAAACCAAAGCCGAAACAUACCUUCUCACGGCUUGAGCACAGUCCCUCAUGUGUUAUGUGUUUCUUUCUGAAGAAGGCUUUCGUAACACUCUUCAUUGUGUUUUAUUUUAUUUGCUAUUUUCUCAGCUUUUCCCAAAUCUGUGCUUCAUGUGUAUAGAUAUAUAAUUUUUUUAGAUCAUAAAUGUGAACAUUAAUAUGUAUAUUAUAAUAAUGGUUACAUUUAUAAUCGAAAUAUAUAUAUAUAUGUAUCCCCAUGAGAACAUUAAAGACCUAUUAUUGUUUUGUCUUUUAGCUUGUGAAUGAAAUAUUUAACAAAUCUUUACACCUGUUAAAUGUGCGAAAUAAUGACGUACAAAUAGCUCAUUACAAGACAUUGUUUAACUUUGUUUAAUGCACUGCUAACAUUUUACAGUAGUCGACCAAAGCUAAAUAAAAAUAUGCGCUUUUUGUGACUUUACGGUUUAAGUAUUGAAUGCUGCAAGAAAAAAAUCAAAAAUAUUUUCUAGAACAAGUUGAUCUAGAGAAGACAAGGAAAACUCUCCUGUACACUGCUGUGACGUGUGACGGGGCGUUGGGUGCACCUGUCAUUACUUUCCAGAGGAAGACAUCAAGUGAUCCAAGUAGCAGUCAAAGUCAUUUCAAGCUGGACAUUUGGACGCACUAUGGAUUCGAUAGAGUUCAUGAACUAAACGUUUCCAUGAUGAAAGGUAGCCCGUCCUCAAUGCUACUUUUAUUUGAUUUCUUUACGUGUGUAAAUUUUCUUUCAUUUUUUAGUUUUUUUCAAUUUACGUUGUUUGCUGUUUGAUAAAAUUACAUGUGAUUACUUGCAGGAUUAUUGCUUCCUGCUUAAAUAAUUGAUACAUUUCAACUUUAAUAUACUCCUCAAAACAGGUUGCACGCGAAGUGAUUUUCCACCCCAUGGAAUUCCACUGCCAUCCACCGCCAGUGUCAGGACAGCAUCACAAACUUCCAUGGCUAGUACCACAACCGACCAACAGACCCCUUGUUUACCAGGCGUGUCAGCUCCCCUGAGCACGGUGCUGACUACUCCGGCAUACCCAGUCUACAGUAAUACCCAGAAAAGACUGGAAAGUUUUACCAACUGGCCAUCCAACCACGUCCACACACCAGCCCACCUGGCUUCCGCUGGCUUUUUCUAUGCUGGUACGGAAAUAUCCUUUGGAUCUUUUGAUAUUAGCAUUGAUGUCACCAUUAAUGUUUUAAUGGUUAUAAAAGUGAUGGACAUUUGAUGAUGUAUGUAUUUAAUAAUUGGAGGAUAAGUAUUUAAAAAAAAUUAUUUUUGAAAAAUAAGAUGUUAGAAUAUUGAGGUAAAAUAGAAAUAUGAUGAUAGUCUAAACAAGAUUUGCAUGAAGGUAAUUUGAAUAACUUUGGAAAUAUUAUUCGGUUCAUUUUUGUUCAACAGGUUACGCUGAUUGUGUCCGAUGUUUCCAGUGUGGCCUCGGUCUGAAAUCUUGGAAACCUGGAGAUGACGUCAUCGAGGAACACGAGAGACACCGGCCUUCGUGUCCAUUUCUAAGAACACAAAUUAACAGCGGCCUCACAGCCUGGCACCCGGUCAGCACGACAUCCUGGCACCCGGUCAGCCCUACAGUCCAUCAUGGAGUGGCCAACCAAGACGCUGAUAGUGGUAAGAGUUUUUUAAAGACAUAAACUAACAACAAACUAUACAAAAAAUUAUCUAACAAUAUCAAUAUGUGUUUAUAUAAGUCAAAAAUAAAAUAUAAAGUAGAAAAAAAGUAUAGGCCUCAGGCCCUACACAAUAUGAAUAUGGUUUCCCUCUUUUUAAAAACUGAGAAGACCUACAAUGAAAAAGCAACCAUUUGAUUACAAUUUAAUGUUUAAAUAUUUUUAUAUAAUCUAAAGCUUAUGAAAAAAAAACUUAAGACCUGACAACUCUUGUACAGAAUGUGAUGAAGAUGUGUCAUUUAGUGCUUGUAAGAAACGAAAUCUCCACUCAUCUUUGAAGUUCAAAAAAAAAUCUUUCGACCACUGUAAACAUGUCUCUGUUUCUCUUUUUCAAUCUUUCUGAACAAGAAACUAGCAAAGUAACAUUUUUGUCGAGCUGCAAUAUCUAACAGAACGUUCCUCUGCAAGCUUAUUUGUUCACAUCAGUUUUCAGCUGAAAGUAUCCUUUUCACUACCAGAUGUUGACAUAUUGAACGAUAAUUGCCUACUUUUAUUGUUUGAUACAAUUAAAACUGCUCAUGUAACACAGUCAAAAGUUUAAACUUGAAUUAGAGUAAUCACUGAAUACAGUCAAAAGUCUAAACUUGAAUUAGAGUAAUCACUGAAUACAGUCAAAAGUCUAAACUUGAAUUAGAGUAAUCACUGAAUACAGUCAAAAGUCUAAACUUGAAUUAGAGUAAUCACUGAAUACAGUCAAAAGUCUAAACUUGAAUUAGAGUAAUCACUGAAGCAGAUUUACUAAAAAUAAGAAAAUUCCCACAAACAAAAACACCAAGGUAACAGGCUCAACAAAUAUAUGUCUAACUCAGUGAUUCACUCUAUUUCAUAAAGUACAUCGUGUGAGUAAAUCCAACUAGGAUAAUUUGAGUGGUAACUAAAGAUAUGCAUCAGUCAAAGUAGCGCAAAAGAACUCAGAUUCUUCUUGAUUAUUCCACCUUAGAUUUAUAUUCUAUGUAGUCACCUGUCAACUAAAUGUCCCACAAAAAUCUCGUCCUAAUGGUUUCUAUCUGUUGUCCUGAUCUUUAGAAAAUAUUCAACGUAUGUGUACUGUAGAGUUUAUUCUUUACAGAAAUAAUUUUCAUUUUUUAAUUGUUAAACUAAUUACCUUUCAUAAAGAAUAUAAUUGAAAUUAAAAUUACUCUUUAAGUGUAGAUGGGCUGUCUACCACACAGGUGACAUUUUUUGGGGGGUCCAUUUCUUUACUAUUUAUACGGCUUGUGUUUGAUGUCUGGUCUUUGUGUUUUGUGGUUUUCAUGAGUGUGUGUCUGUUAAGUCAAGUUCUGUCCCAAGCGUCACAAACUCUAGCUACUCCAUUGCAGGUAAUUGUCAUUUCAUUGUUGAUUAUCUCAAAGUUGUUACUGUAGCUUAUUCCAAUUCCUUAAGUUAUUUACUUCCCAAUGUAUCAGCGAGGAACUCAAGCAAUGAGACAGCUACUAUGUUAUUGAGACCUGAAGUUAAUGGAAGUUUGGAACAACGCCAGCAAACAAGAUCUGAACUGUCUGAUUCGGAUAAUGGAGCACUGCCACUGGAAGCGACAGAACUUCAGCACCAACAGACACCAGGCUGUGAUGAGAACAAGCAAAUGCAAUCAGAGGGUAAAAUCUUGUAGAUUUUUUUAUUUAUUUUAUUUAUUUUUUUUGGGGGGGGGGGGGGCAUUAACCGUCACAGUUUGGUACCGGCGUCUCAAAUAAAUUAAAUUGAAAUGUGUUGUAGAAAUACGGUAAGUUAUUCUAUCAGAACAACCAUCAUCUUAAAUACUCUUUUACCAACGUUCAUUGAAUUAUGAAUAUGACCAUUUUGAUGAUUUUUUUUUCAGCUUUAGAGGAAAGAAACCAUCCAAAAAGUCUGCCUGUGUCUUUGCUUGAACGUGAAAACAAAACUCUCAAACUCCAAGUGACUUGUAAAAUCUGUCGUAAGGCUCCAAUCAAAGACCUUUUCCUGCCGUGUGGAGACCUCUAUGCCUGCAGUGACUGCUCACAGCAACUAACACACUGUCCAGCUUGCAACAAACUCAUCCUUGCGACUGUCACUACAUAUUUUUCAUGAUGAUGAUUGUGAAGAUGGUAAGGUCUAUUUUGAUUUUAUCUGAAAUAUUUUAGCACCUAUUCACUGUUGGGCAAUAAGCUACGCCUGUAUAUAUAAUAAUCAAGGAAAAAAAGAUACGUUAAGCUAGAAUUAAUUUGUUGAUUUUGAAGGUUCUCGAAUUAUUAGUUGUACUAAAUGAUGUUGUUCUAGACCAGUGGCUCUCAACCUUUCAAAUGCCGCGAUCGUUUAAUACAGCUCCUCAUGUUGUGGCGACCCCCAACCACUGAAUAAUUUUAGCUGAUACUUUGUAACUGUAGAUUAUAUUUGUUUUCACAUGGUAUUAGGCGACCCUUGUGAAAGGGUCAUACAACUCCAAAAGGCGUCGCGACCCACGGUUGAGAACCACUAUUCUGUUCAAAAGAAAAAGUUUAGUACAAAACGAAUAAAUUCAAUUGUUUAUAUGGUUUGAGUUGUGUCAUUGUCAUAGAUUUUCAUAUUAGUUUAAUUGCUGGGUCUAGCCUAUGGUAUUAAUUUAGGGUCUUUUAUGUGCAGUAAUUUAAAUGAAACGGUCGUGUACAUUUCUUCGUAGUCAAGAUCUCGACUUUCUAGUUAUAUUUUAUGGACAAGAUUACAGAGGGCGAAACAUGUUUAUACAAGGUGGGUGCAUAGUAAGAUGUCACCCUAAAACAAUGGAGGACACCCUCAUCACCCCAUGAUAGAUUAAACAAUAGAGGACCCGCCCAUCAGUCCAUGAUAGGUUAAAACAAUAGAGGACCCGCCCAUCAGCCCAUGAUAAGUUAAAACAAUAGAGGACCCGCCCAUCAGUCCAUGAUAGGUUAAAACAAUAGAGGACCCGCCCAUCAGCCCAUGAUAAGUUAAAACAAUAGAGGACCCGCCCAUCAGUCCAUGAUAGGUUAAAACAAUGGAGGACACCCCCAUCCGCCCAUGGUAGGUUAUAGCGAUAUGAGAUUCAGCUCGCAUUAUUUUUAAAAAAUAAAAUCUAUUUCGAUUUCAACUCAUUACAAGAUUUUAACUUUUUUUAAAUAUAAUUUUACUGGGCAACUAUAGCCUACUUUUUAUUUAUGCUUUCAGAUCAGUGGUGGCUAUAUUAGGUGUGCAGGACUGGACCAGGGGCUGAGGGGUAGGUCGAUAAACACAUGAAUGAGGUGUGCCAAUCCUGCAUAAUUAUUGUACGCGAUAUUUACAGAACAUUCCCAUUUAAAAAAAACUCAAUCUAUUAGGGUUUGUCGUUUAUUGGCGGAAAUCUAUUAAUACAGACGGGCGUCUGAACAAUCUCAUUAAAAAUAUUAAUAAAACAUCCUGGUAUUCCGUUUGGCCAAACUCUCAACAGCUGUUCGGUACUUCUAUGUUAAUGUGAGCCAGCAUAGUCGGUCUUUACCUAGAAGAAAACGUGAUUAGAACUUCAUUUUAAUAAAGAUUUUACAAAUUUUUACUGCUAUAUUUAUGCGGAAAUAUAUUAUUAGAAGCUAUGUUUUACGAAAACGUUGUCUAAAAAUAGUAAAAUUACAUAAUGCAGUGUGAUGUUUUCCGGUCUUAGAAAUGAAAAACCUUAUUGUAUUCGAAAAUACCCAUGCAAAUAAUCAGUAAAAUUUGGAUAUUGUAAUAUGGGUAGGACUGUGUUCAGAUUUAAGCGAUAAGAAAUAGUCAUAAAGCAGACGAGAGCAAAAUUAGCAGAUUGACUACAAACGUAAACUCAGUCCCCGCUCCAGUAAUAAAAAAUUAUCCUUAAUUCUUAGGGCAUUUCAAAAUGUCUGUUUAUUUAAUUAAUUCAUUUUUAUAUUUCAGUUUGUUUGUGACGAAAUUGAAUUCUGGGAAAACCUCUCCUUGUUGAACAAUUCCAAGCUAAAUAUUUUAAAAGUGGCCAGGGAUGCUCUACAGUGAUAUUAAUUAAAGGAAAUUCAAACAAAUAGUUAUGAUUUAUUCAUUGCCCUCAACCUUGUAUUACAAAAAUAUCUAUAAGAAAUUUUUGGACUGCUAUAGUUAACUGCAUUGCAUUUAGUUAGUGUAUUGUUUUAAGUGUAACAUUAUUAUCAGUUGUUACAAUGUUGUUUUCAACAUGAGAUAACAUAGGCCUAUAUUUAAAAAAAUUCUUGUGUGUGUGCUUUCUACACUAAUUAAUAUAAACACUUUUUGUAAAAGAAAAUGUGUGCAUUGACUUAGGCAUCGACAACUGAAAAUCAUCAAUAUUAUUUUGAAAUAAGAUAAGACUCGGAAAAGUAUGUGCUUCACAACCCCCCCCCCUCCCAACCAAUUACUAACUCCCUGUGAUUAGCGAUUCAAUUUUAGUCAAAAUAAAAAUAGCUUUCACUUGCCAAACAUAUGCCAGAUGAACAAAUAAAUAUCAACUUUUAUAAAAAAUAUUAUUUUAGAAAAGGCAAAAAAUGCAUUUAACAUUUCAAUCCCCUAAGAAUUAGAGGAAAUGAGUGAGCACGUGUAAUAUGCUAUUUAUUUGUAUAAAUAUGUAUUUAUUUAUAAAUCUGUGAUUAACCAGCCAAUCAAUGCAAUUUUUUAAGUCAUUUAAUAUGAUGGCAUAAAUGAAUAACAAGAAAUCCAAAAAUAUUAGUCAUAGUGCUGACAAGAGUAGGCUACUUUUCAUUAAAGCCUCUUCAUCCAUUAUAUCAGAAUGUAUUCAGAUUUUAAUUUUCCUUCAAACUUGAGUUAAAUAAUUUGUUAAUACUGUCAGGCCUAACAUCUCCUGGGUUAAAUGUAAGAACUGGUGAAGCACCAUUCUGCUAGUUAAGAGCAAAAGGUAAAAGAA